AAAAUGGAGAUAUAGAGACAGAAAGCGAAGAGAUGGCAGCCACCCCACUGUAGCCCAUGUCAAGGCUCAGUUGUCCAAGAAGACGCAGCUGCUGGCCAUCAUGAGCAGAAAGCACCAGGAACUGGAGAGCAGGCUGGAUGACAUGAUCACACGCAUCCACAAGGAGACACAGGAGAUCAAAGAAUUAGAGCAACAACUUACUGAUGGUCAGAUCGCUGCUAAUGAAGCACUCAAGCGUGACCUGGAGGGCAUCAUCUCAGGUCUCCAGGAGUAUCUGCAGGGCAGAGAAAGAUGCUCUGCAACGCUUCCUGUGUGAGAAGGAGCUGCAGUGCACACAGCUGGAGAAAGAAGCUCUCGGUGCUAAAAGCACACAGGAGGAGCUUCAGUGUCAGCAGCAGGUGUUGGAGGAUCUGAGGAAGGAGAAUGAAGAGCUGAAGCAGGCUCAGGGGCAGGUCAGUGAAUAUGAAGCAGAGCUGGAGUCGCAGCUGCAGGAGAGAGAUUCUGAGGCCACACAACUGAAGGAGGAGCUGGGCAGACUGCGUCGACUCAGUCAAAUGGAGCACUCUGCACUGCAGGCGGAGUUGCAGAAAGAAAGACAGGCAAAAGAGAAUGCUUUGGCACAGAUGCAGAUGGCUGCCGACAGAGAGCUUGAGAACACAGAGCUUCUGCAACAGGUCAACGCUCUUCAGGAGGAAAGAAACAGUCUUAAGGAGAAAGUGGAUGCUCUUCAGGAUGAUUUGGAACAGGUUAGAGAGGAGCUUCUUUGCCCAGAAAGUGUGACUAAAUAUUUAGGAGAGCUGAGAAGAGGCAUAGCUACAGGACAAGAGGAAUUAAGCUUUGAAGACCUUGGGGAACCAGUGAACAAGAAAUUCAUGGAGCUACAACAGGAGGUGCAUCUUGUGGUAUCUGCUGCUCGGAGAGAUCGAGACGAGGCCCAGCGCUGUCAGGACAGACUUGCUGGAGAGAUGAGUUCGCUCAAAGAGAGACUCAGGAAGUGCCAAGAAAGAUACCAGGCUCAGCAGGCAGCAGAGAGACAGGAUGAGGAGGCGGAGCUCAAUAGAUUGAGGAAAGAGCUGGAAGAUGCUCAAGAGCAGCAGUACUUGAUGCUGCAGCGUUUAGAGGAGACAGAAAUGGACAGGGACCGUCUUCUUGCUGAAUUAGAAGGACAAGAUAAACAGGUACAAGAAUGA